AUGGAUUAUCUUGCUCGUAUAUUAUGUGAUACGGAUGAAAUACAAAUAUUUGAUUAUUCAUUAAAUAGCACCGUACCACAUACUACGAACUGUAUUCAAUCAUCAAUUCUUGUCCUUAUCCCGUUAAUAUUUUUGAUUGCGUUUAGUCCACUUGUUUUAUAUGACCUCAAGAAAAGUCGACAUCCUCCGUUAGAACUUUAUUCACCAACAGUUGCUCGAAUUAUCAUCUGUUUUAUGAUGAUAGUGAACCGUUUAACUGCAACAGCAGUCAAUUUAAUAACAUGGUUCCGAACACCGUCAAUGUAUCAACCGUACAGCAUAAUGUCAUGCUGCUGGCAAACAACAACCUGUUGCAUAUGUUUGCUGUUACUGAUUGCUUAUCGUAAUCGUGGCUUAGUAACUUCCAGCGUUUUGUUCAAUUUUUGGCUUCUUACUGCAAUUUGUGCAUUUCCGGAACUUAGACGUCGAUCUUCAUAUGCCGAAGAUUUUAACAGAAAUCAGGAUGAACAGGAUGUCUUAAUGAAAUAUGUAUUGUAUAUAAUUUACUAUGCGUUCAUACUGCUCGAGGUAUUCUUGUCAUGCUUUGCUGAUAAGCCAAGAUAUUGGGUGAAAGAUGAGAAGCUUUGUCCAGAAGAUAAUUGUUCUUACCUAAAUAAAAUAACAUUCAACUGGUUUCACAGUUUGGCAGCACGUGGUUUUCGUAGACCGUUAGAAGUUAAUGAUUUAUGGCGAUUGCGUUUGCAUGAAGAAAGUGAAAAUUUGAUGAAAAAGUUCAGUCGUUAUUGGGUACCAGCGGUUAAUGCAUACUAUGAAAAGAAACGAGCAGUGGAACGAUCAGCAUCACUUAGGAAACUUGGCCCGAAAGCACAACCAUCGUUAUUGUGGGCACUUGUGAAAACAUAUCGCUGGACCAUUUUGGCUGGAGCUGCGAUGAAAUUUAUAUUUGACAUAUUAAAUUUCGUUAGCCCACAACUUCUAAGCGCAUUAAUCUCAUAUAUCGAAGACAGGAAACGACCGCUAUGGAUGGGUAUUGCUAUAUCAUUUUCCAUGUUUACUGUUGCGCUCGUUCAGUCAAUGAUUCUGCAUCAAUAUUUUCAUAAAAUGUUUAUGCUUGGUAUGAAUGUGCGUUCUGUGCUAACAAACGCUGUAUAUAUCAAGGCAUUAAUGUUAUCCAACACAGCUCGAAAAAAUCGUACUGUUGGCGAAAUUGUAAAUUUAAUGUCUGUGGAUGUUCAGCGUUUUCAAGAUAUCGCGAGUUUUAUCAUGCUUUUUUGGUCGGCUCCAUUUCAGAUAUUGCUAGCAAUUUACUUCUUAUGGAGAUUAUUUGGUAUAGCAGUUAUUGCUGGUCUCACCGUACUUUUCGCUACAAUUCCCUUAACUUCAUACAUUUCUUUACGAAUGAAAAGCUGUCAGGGAAGACAAAUGAAAUUGCGAGAUGAACGUUUGAAGUUGAUGUCAGAAAUUUUAAAUGGAAUUCGAAUAAUUAAACUCUAUGCUUGGGAGAAAAGCAUGCAGAAAUUGGUUUUGGAAAUUCGCGAGAAAGAGAUUGCCGUGUUGCGCGAAAUUGCACUUUAUAAUGCUGCAAUAUCGUUGACUUGGUCAUGUGCACCAUUUCUUGUUGCCAUCGUCACUUUUGGCUUGUAUGUGAAAAUUGACCCACAGCACAACCAACUUACACCUCAGGUUACAUUUGUUGGUCUUUCACUUUUCAAUCUAAUACGUUUCCCAUUGACAAUCUUUCCGUUGAUAUUCAGUCAAGGAACACAGUGCUCGGUUAGCAAUACCAGACUGAAAUCGUUUUUAUCCGAUGAUGAAAUGCGUCUACCUGUAAUAGAUCGAUUCUCUUCAAACGAUUAUGCCUUGUGGAUACAGAACGGUAAUUUUUCUUGGGAUAGUAAUAAAACGACAUUGAAUGACAUCAAUUUGAAAAUUAAAAAAGGCGAGCUUGUUGCCAUCGUUGGGAAAGUGGGCAGUGGCGAAAUGGAUAAAUUGAAUGGUACUUUGGAUAUUGUUGGGUCGAUUGCUUAUGCUCCGCAGCAACCAUGGAUUCAGAAUUUAUCAUUGAUGGAUAAUAUUUUGUUUGGUUCACCUUUCAAUUCCGAGCGUUAUAAAACAGUGAUUGACGCAUGUGCAUUGAAACCAGAUCUCGCAACAUUACCAGCUGGUGAUCAGACUGAAAUUGGUGAAAAGGGCAUUAAUCUGAGUGGAGGUCAAAAACAUCGCGUAAGUCUGGCACGUGCUAUAUACGCCAAUUCAGAUAUCGUUCUCCUGGACGAUCCGCUGUCAGCUGUUGAUGCCCAUGUUGGACGGCACACAUUUACCCGUGUCAUUUCAUCUCAAGCUGGCUUAUUAGCCAAGAAAACGCGUAUUUUGGUAACACAUGGAUUGCAUUACCUGAAGUACUGUGAUCGAAUUGUCGUCAUGAAUGAUGGCAAAAUUACGGAAGUGGGCACAUUUCAAGAAUUGGUUCAGGCUCAAAAACAUUUCGCAGAGUUCUUGGAGGAAUUUCUUAUGAACAAAGUAAAACAGCGAAAAGAGUCACAAGAUGAAAGAGACUCAGAAGAAAUGGAAGAAUUAUUAAAAGAUUUGCAAAUUUUCAAUCCGGAACAACGCAAACGUCUGGGAAGUUGGACAGAUAGCACCUUAACUGUAUCACCUGUUGAACAAACAUCAGUGCAGGAUACUACCAUCGAAAGCGUUGUUGCAACAAAAAGAAUCAGUAGCAAUUCAGUAAAAAGCGAAAUUGAUGCAAAAACAGAUGGUAUUCCAUUGUCUACACAAGUGGCUAAUAAACCAGCUGUACCAAACAGUGAUGAACGGUCGAAAUUAAUUGAAAAGGAAGGCAUUGAAGUUGGAAAGGUGAAAUUUGCAGUGUACCUUUUAUAUAUUCAUGCUAUUGGUUAUGGUACAACAGCAUUCUUUAUUGUCAUUUAUAUUGUUUCAUCUGUACUCGGUGUUUCAUCCAAUUUAUGGUUAGCUAAUUGGUCCGACCAUGCUAAGAAAACAAACAUCACGGAAGCGGAUAGGGAUGACACAAAUUGGCGUUUAGCAAUUUACGCAAUACUCGGAUUGGGACAAGCCGCAAUGGUUUGUGUUGGUUCAAUAACAAUGGCAUAUGGAAUGGUUUUUGCAAGUCGAAAAUUGCAUGAAGGAAUACUACAAAAUAUUAUGCAUUUACCAAUGGCAUUUUUUGACAUAACUCCGCUCGGACGUAUUCUGAACCGUUUUGGGAAGGAUAUAGAAAUAGUGGAUGCACUGUUGCCGCAUACAUCUCAUUCAUUCAUAUCAACAGUACUUGUUGUUUUAAUGACAACGGCUGUAAUCCUAUAUGCUACACCGAUGUAUUCAAUCGUCAUACCUUUUCUUGCUGCUCUUUAUUUCCUUGUUUUGGAUUUGCAAGAUCUCGAUCAGCGUUUACCAUCAUCAUUGAUCACUCUUAUUGGAUGUAUUGUUACCGCUUUUAUUAUUAUGAUUGUACCGCGUUUCUACAUUUCAACGUCGCGGCAAUUGAAACGUCUUGAAUCUGCUGCUCGAUCUCCAAUUUAUUCACAUUUUCAAGAAUCGAUCCAAGGAUGUGCCUCGAUUAGAGCAUAUCGGUGUAUGGAUCGUUUUAUCCAUGAAUCUCAAGAUCGUCUCGAUAAGAAUAUUGUUAUACAAUAUCACUCAUUGGUUGCCAACAGAUGGUUAGCAGUACGCCUGGAAUUUAUUGGUAAUCUUAUCGUUUUCUGCUCGGCUUUAUUUUCAGUAUUCUAUAGAGAGAGCGGUUCGGUAACAGCUGGUUUGGUUGGAUUAUCUGUCGCAUAUGCGCUUAGUAUAACACAAACUCUAAAUUGGGCCGUACGUAUGGCAAGCGAAUUGGAAACAAAUGUUGUUGCUGUUGAACGUCUCAGGGAAUACACUGAUUUACAAACUGAAGGUUUAGCGAAUGAAAACUUAGCGCAUACACCACCACGAGACUGGCCAAGUAAAGGACAAAUUGUUUUCGAGAAGUUGAAGAUACGAUAUCGUGACAAUUUGGAAUUUGUCUUGAAAGGAAUCAGUGCAACGAUUCAUCCAGCUGAAAAAGUCGGAAUUGUUGGCAGAACUGGUGCAGGUAAGAGUUCUCUUACACUUGCUUUGUUUCGCAUUAUUGAAGCACAUUCGGGUCGAAUAUUAAUCGAUAAUGAAGAUAUUUCAAAAAUGUCGCUGGCUGAUCUUCGUUCAAAAUUAACAAUUGUUCCACAGGAUCCUAUUGUGUUUUCUGGAACAUUACGCAUGAAUUUGGAUCCAUUCGGUCAUUUUGAUGAUAUCUUGUUAUGGAAUGCACUUCGAACUGCUCAUUUGGAUUCACUGGUGCAUUCGUUUCCCAAUAAACUGGAACAUAGAUUAAGUGAAGGCGGUGAAAAUAUUAGUGUUGGACAGAGACAAUUACUUUGUUUGGCUCGAGCAGUACUGCGUAUGAGUAAGAUUUUAAUUCUGGACGAAGCAGCAGCGUCUGUUGAUAUGGAAACAGAUGCGCUAAUCCAGAAAACGAUUCGUGAACAAUUCUCACAUUGUACGGUGCUCACAAUUGCACAUCGCUUACAUACGGUCAUGGAUAGUGAUAGGGUUUUAGUACUUGAAAAUGGUUGCAUUCAUGAAUUCGAUACACCAAGAAAGUUACUUGAUGAUCCGGAUUCACUAUUUCGUGCAAUGGUAAAAGAAUCUGGACUGUUGCCUACUAAAGAACAUUAA